UAAAUACGGCACGCGCGCUCCCGUACCCGCGCAGCAACUUGCACCUCGCCGCCGAGACCAAGAAGCAAGCGGUCAGCGUGCCGCCAUGGAGCACGUCAAGAGCGCCACCCAGGAGCCUCCUCCGGAGGAGGAGAGCGGCAGGGCGGGCGAGAGCCGGAGCCGGCCGUCCCCGCCGAAGCGCCCCGCGGGGCGGACCAAGUUCCAGGAGACGCGGCACCCGGUGUUCCGCGGGGUGCGGCGGCGCGGGCGCGCGGGGCGGUGGGUGUGCGAGGUGCGCGUGCCGGGCAGCCGCGGGGAUCGCCUCUGGGUGGGCACGUUCGACACCGCUGAGGCCGCCGCGCGCGCGCACGACGCCGCCAUGCUCGCGCUCUGCGGCGCCGACGCCAGCCUCAACUUCGCCGACUCCGCCUGGCUGCUCCACGUCCCGCGCGCCGUCAGCGCCGCCGCGGAGCUGCCGCCGCUGGCAGACGUCCAGCGCGCCGCCACCGAGGCCGUCGCGGGGUUCUUGCGGCGCCACGGCGGGGACGCGCCGGCGGUGGACGCCGCUCCGCAGCACAAUGCCGCCUCGUCGUCCUCGACGCCGGCUGUUGAAGCGCCGCCGGCGGCUAGGUCGGCGCUGGACAACGGCAGCUUGCUCGAGCUGGACGUGUUCGGCGGCAUGGACGCCGGAUCCUACUACGCGAGCCUGGCGCAGGGGCUGCUCAUCGACCCGCCGCCGACCGCCGCGGACUGCCCGGAGGACGACGAGGACUGCGACGCCGGAGAAGUGGAGCUGUGGAGCUAGCUAUGGCUCCCACGAAUCGAGGACCCCGAGUAGGAGUAGAACAGAGACGAUCAUCUGCUUCAUUUUCAUUUGUGCCCCGCAACAAAUUAAAUCGGGCAGGAAUCAAACAAUCUGAUUUUUGCCCCGUCCUUUCGGGUUUUAGUGGAACUGGAAAUAAUGGCAGGAAAUUUUGCUAAACGGUUGGUUGAACCUGAAAAAAUGAUGCACUAAUGAAUGAACUCUCUGACGAUCCUACUA